GCAGCUCGCUGAAGUGUUUAGCUGCUGGGGAGUGCGAUGGGAGGAAUUUCGGUGUCGUGUCCACUGUGCGUGGAUGGAGGUGCUCCACUGUUCUGAGCUCGUUCUGUAGCUCUGGUGGCCGAACUGCUGCUGCACAUUUGUGUUCUGGUUUUUGAAGGCAGGGGAUGGGGAGAGAGAGACAGAGCAGGAUCGGCUGAGAUAUAGCGUGCAGGAUCGGGAAGAGAAGGAAUUGGCAUAUGCUGUGCUGGGCUCAGCGAGGCUAUGGUUGAGAGGGAAAGGCGAAUUGAGGAGUAGAGGGGGCUUGCGUUUGGCAGUGGGGACUGGGGACUGCUGGGGUCUGGUGAGCUUGUCUGGGCACCACGUGCCCUGGAGCUCGGACGCACUCGCGACCAGGCUGGCUCGGGCAAUGCGCAUUUCCCGAUGAAUAUUCGCUCUCGGCUCGCUCUGCUUUUGGACUGCGAUUGAAUGUCUGGCUCUGGCGCGAAUGAUCCGUUCCUUGAUUCGGUGCGUCCGAUGCCCCGAGCUGCAGCUCCGAUUGUCCGUGACUUGAGAUCACUGCUGCGCUGCUGCUCCUGCUCCUGCCGCUGUUCCCAGGCGCAGGGCAGCCGUGGCUUCUCGGCCUCUGCGCUUCUCAUGCAGCAGCUGCCGAUGGUGGUGCUCUUGCGGGCCCUGCCUGCCUGCCUCCGUGCCUCCCCCUUGCGAGGUCAAAGCUGGUGAUUUUCCGCGGCCCCCAAGCCUCGUCUUCCCGUGAGGCCGGACCCUUUGAGAGAGAGAGAGAGAGAUGACAGAAAUGAUGAUGACGAUGAACGAGGCCUCGUCCCGAGGAGGAGGAGAAUGAGAUCUGAGGCAUUGUCAUCGUCGUCGUCUUCGUUGCUGUCGUCGGUGUUGGUGUUGCGUGCAGGGAGUAGCAGAGUUGAGUUGCAGUGUGGUGGUGGUGGUGGUUGCGGAUCUGAUGAAGAUUGGUUGGACUGGCAGUGAACGGAUUAUGCAGCGGCAGAUGGCUGCUGAAGCUGCAGCUGCAGCGGCAACAGGAACGACCGAGACGAGAGAAAUAUGUAGACGAGGUAGUGGUGGAGGAGGAGGAGGACGAGGUCGAGGAGCAGCAGGUGUUCGUAUCAGAGCAGGAGCAGGAGCAGGAGGAGAAUUUAGAGCUGCGAGUGCAGUAACGAUGUAGCGAUUGCGCAAUGGGCAGGGAGUCAAGCAAGCUUUCGAGAGGGAGGCCAGAACCUUGCACUGCUGCUGCUGCUGCUGAUGCAAUGGAGGAGGGCAGUAAGUCAUCGUCAUCGUCAUCGUCGCUGUCUGGUCAGAAGUGGGGAUGCUCGAGCUUCUCGUCGUCGUUGUACGAGAAGAGGCUGCAAGGAUCAGGGGACUGGGACCAGAAGAACAUCGAGUCGCUGGUUUGCACUCGGACCCUGCAGCGAUCGGCUGCACGGCGAGCUGCGGUCGCCACGAAUCCGAGGGGCAAAAUCGUCUUCCCGCACAUCAUGACGCGAGGCUCCGUCGUCGGCAACAAGGUCUUCUGCAAGACCUCCAUCAACAACUGCUUCACGUGGCGCCAGAGGAGCUCCAUGCUCUUCGUUAAUUUCUACCACGAGCGAUCCAGCGACAUUCAAUCCGGCAUUGCCCAAAUCGCCUCGGACGACGACAACAACGACGACGACGAAUCGCACCCACCUUCUCCCUCCCCCUCCCCAGACCACCACCGCCCGCUCCUCAACACACAAUGCCGCACUCUGCUCCUCAGCGUGGCCGGGGCUGCCGGAAUGCAGCUCCUCUGCCCGGCUCUCCGGCUGCCUCUGCUCCAGGUCCUGCUCUUCUCGCACCAGCAGUGGCCCUCGGACACGAGCUCGAGGGCUGCGCUCGUCGAUCGAGCGAGGGGAAGAGGACGAGGAUUCCGAGGAGGUCGAGAGGGAGGAGGGGGAGCCUGGUGGCGCUUGCCACUGAAUCUGGCUCUCGCGGCCUCGCGGCCCUUCUACGGCUCUCUGUUGCGCCGCUCUUUGACGGCUGUGCUCCUCGUGCUCCGAUUGCGCCUCACGAAUAAGAAUGAGCGCAAGGCAAUGCGCCACAUGCCGAAUCUGUACUCGACGCUGCUGCCGACCAAGAGCAUAUCCGAGGGCGAAGAAUUUCUGGACCAAGCAGGCGAAUCGACGGACGCUGACAUCGAAGUUGAGAGUGCGAGCUGGGAGAGCUGCUCGGAGCCCGGCGAUGGCGCAGCGGUGCACGCCGAGGAGCUCAUGGAGCCCGACCGGCGCAAGGGCCCUGCUGCUCGCGAGCAGGACGUCAUCUCGGACGACGGCCUGUCGAGCGCCAGCGCCGGCUCGUUCGAGCAGGACGUGAUCUCCGACGAUGGCCUGUCGUCCAAUGGCGAUUCCUCGGACCAGGACGAGCUCGAGCUCGAGCUCUCGUCGAUCCGCAGCUCUCUGUCUUCGGUCGACUGGGGGGACAGGGAAUUGGACGGGAUCGAUCUCGGCCGCUUGUCGGACGAGAGCUCAGAAUCGAGCUCGGAAUUGUCAUCGGUCAUCCCGAACAUCUGUGAUUCUGCGUCCGCUCAGCCUCUUCGUGACAGCCCGGAGUCAUGUUCUGCUCGAAUCUCCCUCGAAUCGUGCAGUUUUGACACCCUCCCCGCAUCCGAGGAAGCAGACGAAGCUCAAUUGAAUUCCACCUCGGACUUGUCCGCGUCUUCGGUCGAGGACGACAGCAGCAGCAGCAUCAGCAGCAAUUGUAGUAGAAGUAGCAGCAGCAGCGAUAGUAGUUAUGGUAAAUCGAGCUCCGUUGUUUCUACGGACGAUACAGAGCAAAUCGAUCGAAAGCUUCGGUUGCACAUCGAGCACGACGAAGAGAAGGAGGAGGUGGAGGAGGUUGGUGCGGGCGACAUCGAGGACGCACUGUCGUGGCCCAGAGAAUCAUCUUCAAUUUCGAGCAGUGAAUCGUCUUUCGGGCCCAGGACAGAGGGUUCUGCAGAGAGGGAAGAAACAUUUGGAUUCUCGGGAGAGUUCCACCGUCUGGAGGAUGAAUCUCCAUCGCUGUCACCCGCGUGCUCCUCCGAGCCGCCCAUGGGCCGAGAGAACUUCCGCCUGUUCGUGCGAGCAUCGUCGUCGGGCGGAUUGUCUGAAGUGGAGGUGCCCGACGACGCAGAGGAAUGCGAGCCCGACGAGCCUCCUGCUCAUAGCUUGGAGCUGAGUCCGAGGGCGGAUCUCACCGCGCUCACAUCCGAGGACUACGACUCGGGAUCGGCCGAUGGCACAUGGGAAAUCGAAGUCGAUGGACUGGCGGAAGACGAUCCAAUCUACUCCGUCGUCUGGACUCCCUUCGCCGACAAGAGACGACGGGCCACGCCAAGCCAGAGCGACGAAUCUGAGUUCUCAGCCGACGACACGGACGCCGGCUCGCAGCUCGGACGAGACGACGAUUGCGACGAGCACGAGCACGAGCACGAGGGGAUUCAUGUACCAAAUGCAGAUUGCAGACCCUCCGUCUCUGUACAGGACUGGCAAAAGUUGGACGACUGUGUACAAAUAGAGAGUUAUAAUAAUUUUUUGGGCCUGGACUUCAAUUCUGUAGCCCGGUGCCUCGAUGCGGAUCUCAAGUCCGUGACAGAUGAUGAUCAACAGGAAAAUGCAAGGGUUGCGCCUUUGUGGGUACCCAUGACUACGAGCAUUCGAGAGAACGACUGCGAGCUUGUGUCGGUGGAUGAUCGGCUGCGAGAGAACGAAAUUGAGACUGAGACUGAGGCUGAGGCUGGGGCUGAAGCUCAAACUGCGGGAAUGUGCAGUGGCUGUGAACGUGAGGGGACCAAUCCCAUGGGAGCUGCCAUGCCUCGAAUUAAAUUGACCGAAUUCCUGGAUGGAGAACACAUGUCUGGGCUCAGAGAAUCGUCAGACGCGUCAACGGAGAAUUCUUCGACUAGCCGACAACACGUCUUGCCUGGUUAUCGAGAAAGUCCCGCGUCCGAGGACGACUGCAAUGUCGAUGAUGUAGCUGCAAGAGCUGCCUCGACCGCAGCAGCAGCAGCAGCAGCCGUCGUCGUCGUCAACUCCGACAGCGAGAGCGAGAAAUUCGAGCACGUCGAUGGAGCACGAGCUCAGGCGCCACAGCUCCAGGAAGACGAUUCAGCUUCAGCUUCAGCUUCUUCUUCCUCUUCCUCCUCGUCGUCCCUGGAAGUGAUCGACGAAGUCGACACCAGCGCUGAUACGCGCUCCGAAGGCAAUUCAGUGUCAACAGAGUCAACGAGCUCGAGCUCGAGCUGCGCUGCCAGCCUCUUCGCAGAUCAUCCCACGUGCCUGAACCUGAGAAAGUUGCGUCAUUCUCAUGGCGACCAAUCGUAUCUGGAGCUGCCGGAGCUUCUGUCGAGGCCGUGGAGCGGCUUGGUCUACUGGCACGGUCGUUGCCAGGAGGGCCGGCCGACUCUCGUGGUGCUUCUGGGCAAGGCCGUCCGCCAGUUGUCGUCGUCGGAGCUCAAGCACUUCAUCACAGUCACCAUUUCGCAUGCGGAGUAUGCAGAGCUCAAUUAUUUCGGUGGAGCGGUGAAGCAGAUGAACAUUCUCAUGGACCUCGACGGACUCGGGUUCAUGAGACUGCCACCUAUGCACGUGAUGCAGAGCAUCGGGACUAUUCUCAACCGAGAUUACGCAGGUCGUGGAGGGUGGAUAUUCUUGAUCAAUGCGCCGAUGAUGCUGGGCCUGGUGAUGAGCGCAAUACAGAGAGUCAUUCUGCGCCCGUCGUACACCAAAGGAGCUGUGAUCGACAAGGGCUUUCUGGAGGGCAAGGAGCGAAUCGUGACGCUGGGAGGGAGAUACAUGUCUACGUUGUUGAAACAUUUUGAUGAGGAAAUGCUUCCAUCUACUUUGGGAGGAGCGUGUCCCUGUGGCUCGAAUGAAGCGAGGCAGUGUAGUGUCGGUGUUGACUUUCUCUCCCAUCAGGCGUGGUUGCCAGUUCCUUACACCCACAACGACGUCACCUCUCAAUGAUCAGGCUAAGCUUGCAGCAGCAGCAGCCGUAAACUGGACAGUUUGUCGGCUCCAAAGCUUUGGCUGUGAAAUUGUCAGCGUAUGCCGCUGUCAGUAUGGCAGAGCAGAUGCAGACUGCCAGCCGAGUACUAGAUUUCGAAAGUUUUGAUCUCGCAGUUGUCCCUGUAUAGCAAUCAAUCAAUGAGCAUGGCAUAAUGGUGGAUAAAAUUGCCAUUCAUUAGUCAGAGAUCCAAAUAAAAAUUUCAUUAGUUAUGCAAUCCUGUCUGUAGGUAUACUCUGUUUCUCUCAAAACUUAACAGUGACCUUAUGUUUUCCACUUGCCCUGAGAGGGUCAUUGUACAAUUCGAUGUUUAAGGUUUCUGGUUCCGGUCAUGGUUGACAAGGAAAUUAUGUGCAAUAUGUGGUUUUCUAGGAGCAAUGGUCUCAGACUGUAAAACUAGAAAGUUACUAGACAAACGAAGGUGGCAGUUACACGAUUUUAUCCUUCUUUGUUCGCCAAUUGUGUACACUAUUUUAUCAUAAAGUUGUUUCC